CUGACAGCUCUGCUCUUGUUGACUUGCUAAAAUGUCUCUAAAUGGCAAAACUGCUGUGGUGACCGGAGCAGCACAGGGAAUAGGAAAAGCAUUCUCAGAGAUUCUUCUGCAAAAGGGUGCAAAGGUGGCCCUCCUGGAUGUGAAUGAAACCAAAGGACAGAGUUUGAAGGAAGCUUUUGUCAAAGACUAUGGACAUGAGAAAACCCUGUUCCUGAACUGUGAUGUUCAGUCAGAAGAACAGUUCAAAGCUGCUUUUCAAAAAGCUGUUGAAACUUUUGGAGGAAUCGACAUCAUGUGCAACAAUGCUGGAAUCCUGAACGAAGCCCAGUGGGAGAAAUGUGUCUCCAUAAAUCUUAUGAGCUUCAUCAGAGGAUCUUAUCUGGCUCUGGAACACAUGAACAAGUUGACUGGAGGUCAGGGAGGGGUCAUUGUCAACAUAGCAUCCAUUGCAGGUCUUACACCUAUAAUAUGCUGUCCUGUCUAUACAGCCGCUAAGCAUGGAGUGGUGGGCUUCACUCGGGCCAUGGCGCUUGCGUCUGCUGCCUCAGGCUACGGCGUACGGUUCAAUGCCCUUUGUCCAACCGCUGUGGAAACUGAAUUCAGCAAAACAGUGCCAAACAAAUCAGGACCAUUCUCACACUUGAUCGAGGGAGUCGUAAAAUCAAUGCAAGGGAUUGGGCUCUUAAAGGUGACUGAGGUUGCUGAUUGUGUCCUCGAGCUGGUGAUGGAUGAGAUGAAAAAUGGUGAAAUCGUCCUUGUGUCUCCUCAACGAAAGGCGAACACCCCGUGUCCUGUUUUAUUCCCACCAACCCUUGUAGACGAUGCUUGAUGCCAAUGUUGCAAACAGCACAUCACUCACUCACUCACUCUCUGAGAUGGUGAGUGAGA